UCUGAUGAGCCGAUAUAUGAUCUUGAAUUUAAUGGACCAACGUAUGAUUCAGUAGUUGUUGUUCAAGAAAAUAAAGAUGUCGGAUUGGACUGUUCCAAAGAGAAGUUAUAUGAAGGAAUGUAUCAGGAGUUUGUUCAAGAUUUUUACACUGCUAGAAAUUCUCUUGUUCCGGAAGUUUUUGAACAAAAAUGGAAACAGUUAAUUAAGAAAUAUAAUGAGCCUAGAGUUGUAAAGUAUCUAAAAACAUUAUAUUCUUCAAAAAAAGCAUGGGUACGUGCUUAUAUCACAAAGAUAUUCACUGCCGGCAUACAAUCAACGUCUCGCGUUGAGAGUUACAACGCUCAGGUCAAAAGGCUGGUUUUAAACUCUAAUAUUAGCCUACUCGAACUUGCUGAAGCCUUGGAAGCAAGUAUAGAAGAGGAGAUUAAAAAAGCAAAGUAUGCUUAUUGGAAGAUACAAAUUCUAUUGACAUCAUCUGCCGCUACAUUACCGCAAACAUUAUUUCCCGAACUCGAUAAAGCUUUGAGUCGGUUUAUUACACCUGAAAUACAAAAAAUUCAGCGUGCUGAAAUUAAAA